CACAACCCUAUCAAGAUGGCGGCUGCUGCUGUCAAUGUGUUGCGCCGCGUAUGAGCCGUGAGCCGUGUUAUCUUGACUUUUCCCGUUGCUCAAAUUGGUCGCGUCGCCGUCUUUCAUAAGUUUGCUUUUUUUGCACUUUACAGUCGUAUCGCGUUCGCUCUGCGAAUCCGUACGGCUCAGUAAAUUCUGUGAACUCUAAGCGAGCUCAUCGUUCAUACAAUUCGCACGUCAGCGUUUGGAUCAGAAGUAAGCGGUUAGCCAGGAGCAAAGAAGAAAUUGCGGUUUUGAUUUGGCAUUAAUUUGGACGGAAAAUCGCGUAGCGGAGCUUUGUGUGCGUGGUGCGCCGUCCCCCUGACAGUAUACAGACACGGAUUCCGAUCAGGCGAGCGCCCGGUUUGCGUGUGUGCCGCGCGGCGGUAGCUGUGAAGAAAAAUCAGGAGCUCCCGAGACCGCUGCUGUGUUUAUUUUUAUUUUUUAGCCUAUUCCGAGUGAGUUAAUAGUCGGCUACUGACUAAAAAUAAUGCGGUAGUGUCGCACGUUGGUGGUGCGGGCAAAGCAUUUGAGCAGGCAAGGCAGUCGCUUGGCUAGGGUGAGAAUUGGCCAACGAGCAUUUCGCCAAAAUUCGCCGUCUCAGCCAGCGGGAGAUUUUACCGAGCGGCUUCGUCGGGGUUCUUUGCAUUUUUAAUUGUGUGCUGUCAGCGGCUAAUCGUUGGCGAACUCAGUACAGUGAAGGGCUCUCGCGGUUUUUCGGAUUUUUGUGACCGUGCAAAUUUUCGUUUGUUUGAUUUGAAGCGGACGUGAAAUUUCUGAAGUGACAGCGGCGCGCGUACAUACAACCGCAGAGGACGCACGUACGCACGCGGUGCGUACACAGUUGGAGAGUGAAGUUGAUCAGUGUGCGGGAGUGCGAGUGGGCGCGUGGGAUUUGGACAGGUGUUGGUCGGAAGGAGACGACGCGAGCGAGAUUCCACGGGUGCAUGUGUGCGUUGUACGAUGCCAAUGUUGUCACAAUUUCAAAUGAACUUUCGUGCAUUUCUGGUUCUCGCCUCGAAAGUAUGGACCUGCAUCUGUUACAUGUUCAACCGGCAGAUAAGGGCGUUUGUACAGUACCAACCAGUCAAAUAUGAGCUGCUACCCUUAUCACCGGUCUCGAGGCAUCGAUUAACGCUUGUGCAAAGGAAAACAUUGGUUUUGGAUUUGGACGAAACGCUUAUACAUUCACAUCAUGACGCGAUGCCCAGGAACACAGUCAAACCUGGAACCCCAUAUGAUUUCACAGUCAAGGUGACAAUCGACAGGCAUCCCGUUCGAUUUUUUGUUCACAAACGUCCACACGUCGAUUUUUUCCUUGAUGUCGUGUCACAAUGGUACGAUUUGGUAAUAUUUACUGCUAGUAUGGAAAUUUAUGGUGCUGCGGUUGCAGAUAAAUUAGACAACGGCAGAAAUAUUCUGCGUAGAAGGUAUUAUAGACAGCACUGCACUCCAGAUUUUGGUUCGUAUACCAAAGACCUAUCAGCUAUUUGCAGUGACCUAAAUAGGAUAUUUAUCAUAGAUAAUUCACCAGGAGCAUAUCGAUGUUACCCGCAAAAUGCGAUACCAAUUAAAAGCUGGUUCUCGGACCCCAUGGAUAUUGCAUUGCUUUCACUUUUACCAUUACUAGAUGCUCUCAGGUUUACCAAUGAUGUGCGAUCAGUGUUAUCCCGAAAUUUACAUUUACAUCGCCUGUGGUAGCAGAUUUUCAACUGUACAAUUGGUGCUGUGACACUUAAACGAAUUUCGUUUUUAUUUUCGUGCUUAUUUUAAGAUCGUGUAAAUUAUAUAUCUAAUAUAUCAAUAUAUUAUUUAACUAUUUUCCCCAGUAUCAAGAUAGAUCAGUCAAAAUACGUUAUAAAAAGUCCAGUUGAUUAUAUUACGCAGAAAAUAUUAUAACAAAAGAAAAAUCAAUAAAAAUGUCAAAAAAUAGAAAGUCAUAUUAGUCUGAAUGAGCGAGUAUUUGAAAAUUCACAAAGGAAAUGUUACUGCAGCAUCAGUCUCAUAAAUUGUCACGAUUAAUUUUAUAUUGGAAAGCGUUUUUGUGGUAAAUUCUAUUUAAGAAAAAUUCAAAGUAAAAAGUACAAAAAUGUCAGAAAUUAAAUGCCACAUUAACCAGAAAUGGUUGUGACAAACAGAAAAGAAAUGAAAUAAUCUGCACUUCUCGCUCAAAAGGGCCUUAAUACCCCAAAGACACAAACACGACAGACGUAGCAUUAAUAGGAUAAGGAGCAUAAAAAAUAGAGCAACAAUUUAUAAAUAUUGUUAUAUAUCAUUGAUGACUAUACUAAAUGAGGUUUAAGAGGAACGCUUCAUUGUAAAUAUUGAAAUGAUGUGUAGUGUAAAUUCUUUUUGUUAAUACGUAAUCGUAAAUUUACUAGCUUAGGUAAAAUUGUAAGCGUUAGGUACAAUCAUUGUAAAUGGUUGUUGUUUUUCACGUGAAAUUUUUUUUUUCUUAGAGUAUUUAGUAAAUGUCAUGACUAUAAAGCAAAUCGCAUACUAUCUGUAACAAAAUUAGAAAUAUGAUCAUUUGAAAUGUAAAAUAUAAUUAGGCUUACGGAUCGCGAAAAGAAAGGUAACCUUUUAAUUUCGUAAGUAUAUAUUCAAGUGGAAGGGUUGGCUUAACUGGCUGCGUACAUUCAUAUAUAUAUAUAUCAAUCCGAGAUCCCUCUUAUUAGGUAUGUACAAAUCACAUCAACCAAUCGAACAGCAAUUGAAACAAUUGUUUUCAAUAGUUCUUCAUUACACCAGUACAAACGGAUUUGUUUAAUUCCUUCCCAUUCGUUAGAAUAUGAAUCUUUUUUACUUCGGUUACUUUACAAUUUGUUUAGUAAUCGUGAAGGAGAAGUCAGUCAACAGUUCUGAACCUAAAGUGAAAAUGAUUUCAUAUUGAGCACUCAAAAUUUCAAAAGGAGCAAGAAUUUGUAACAAAUCAUUUUGGAAACCAAAGGUUGUUUUCAUAGUAUAUUCGUAAUUGGGUAUAUAGUGAAAUACGGAUUAAACAUAUUAUAUUAUAACAUACGUUCCUGUGAGGAUGUUUUCCUGGGGCUCAUUAAAGGUAUUUAAUAUAAAUAGCAACCCUGGGAGUAUAGUUUCUUUUGUUAACGUCUGGAACUCUUGUUCCAUGUGCGUAGAAUACAUAAACAUAAGUUCAAAUCGUUGGCAUCGAAUAUAAUUCUUUAGUCAAAAUUUGAAACCUUCAGGAGCAAUAAGUUGCUGGAACUUUACUUUUACUCCCAUACCAUUGUUCAAUAUUAUUAAUUUCGUUUAGUUACUUUUCUAGUAAAGAACGUAAUAUUUACGUUUGAUACAUGUGUAAAUGUUGACAAAUAAUGUAAUUUAAAAUGAAUUUGGAAAAUAUAAGCGAACAAGAAACGACAAACGUA